AUGGUCAAUAUUUUCAAGCGGAUGCGGAACCUGAGGACAGUCCUCAACUUCCGACUCGGAAGCGGCGCCGCCAUCCUGCCCAGCGUCGCCAACGCAACAAAAGAAUACCCAGCCGUCACUCGGCUCCACCUCACAUAUGCCCGCAAGAUCUACGGCGGGCACCAAGGCGCGCGCCAUUUCUGGCGGCGCUGCCUACCGCGCCUCAAGUACCACAACCCGGGGGUGCCGAUGACGGUGCGGCAGACCGACGAGCAGGACGGGCCCGCCGCCCUGACGAUCUACUUCGCGCAACGGGCUAGCAACGCGGCGACGGCGCUUGCAGCGGAUAAAAAGGUUACGGACUCGCAUGCGCCCGCUCCGGAAAGCGGCGAACAGGCCGCCGUCGUUAACGUCAAGGACCUUACCUAUGCGGAGAUCUGGAGCCGCGUGCAGGCUGCGACGGGCGCGCAGGGCGUUUCCCCUACCGCGGAAGAGACGCAGGAGCUGAAGAAGUUGGAGGAUAUGCGGGUUAAGUCCGAGGAGGACCGCAAGCGCGUGCUCGGGUUCCGCGAGGCUAAGAAGGAUCAGGAGCGGAUGAUCGCGGAGGCUCGGAAGGAGGUCGAGAGGCUCAAGGAGAUGUGA